AUGGAUGUCGACGUGCCCCUGCUUCUGUUCCGGGCGCAGUAUCUUCAAUGCCUCGAUCCCGACUUCCUGACCUGGCCUCCCACGGCCUUACUCAGGCAGCUGGACGCACAAGUCUUCCUCUAUAAGCGCAUAUUUGAUCCCGUCAAAGUUCCAUAUAGACCGUCCGUCAGCUACGAAGUGAAGGUGCUCGAGAUGCUGAUUGACAGGAUACAAAAAGCCAUGCCCGGCGCGGCAGCAGCGGAAAGUGAACCUCUCAAAAACAUGCAAAGCCGCCUCGCCACCUUGCGAGAGACCUCGUCAUCUCCCUCUCAAGAUCCCCUGUCCUGGCAGGAUGCAUACCUCACCUACAACUGCAGCCCCACGCUCGAGGCCUGGCAGCCCAUCACUCUGCACGAGCCGAGGUCCCGGAUCGCUGGCACGGCGCAUACGGGCCACCGGACCUGGGAGGGUGCCCUCAACCUCGCGACCUACCUCGUGGCGCACCCCGCGCUGGUGGACGGGAAACGGGUGCUCGAGCUCGGCGCCGGCACCGGCUUCCUCAGCAUCCUCUGCCGCAAGUUCCUAGGCGCCGGCGCCGCGACGGCUACAGAUGGCGAAGACGCUGUCGUGGAGGGCAUGCGCGAGAACCUGCGCCUGAAUGACGUCGACGAUAACGCUCAGAUUGGCGUUGCGGCGCGGAGGCUGUGGUGGGGAACGGAGCUCGAGGGCAACUGGCGCGGCGACGACGACGACAAUGUCUCAAAAGCGCCGGUGGUCGAUACCGUCAUUGGAGCCGACAUUAUUUACCAAAAAGAAGGCACUCGGGCGCUGGUCAAGGCUCUGCGCGCCAUCCUAGAUCUUCAGCCACAGAGCACAAUUAUCUUGUCCAAUGCUCGUCGUUUUCCAGCCGUCUUCCAGGUUUUCGAAGAGGACUGCCAGGAGAACAACUUGUGCAUUCGGACCAUCUCAAAUCCCGUCACCCCAAUAUCAAAGCAGCAGUCCCUCUUCUUUUCGACUGCAAUCCCACUUGAACUCAUCGAGAUCAAGCACGCCGUCGAGUGA